AUGCGGCUCGUUGAUUCUUCAAAACUUUUAGAACUUCAAAACAAACCUACAAAUAUUCGAAAUAUUUGUAUUGUGGCGCACGUGGACCAUGGGAAAACAACUUUAGCAGACUCUCUUGUAGCCAGCAAUGGGAUAAUAUCGCAGCGAAUGUCAGGAAAGCUGCGGUAUAUGGACAGCAGGCCUGAUGAGCAGGAGAGAGGUAUAACCAUGAAGAGUAGCAGCAUAGCCUUGUACCAUUGUGUGGACCAGCAGGAGUACUUGGUAAACCUGAUAGAUUCACCAGGACAUAUCGAUUUCUCCAGUGAAGUGUCUACCGCAGUCAGACUUUGUGAUGGAGCUAUUGUUGUUGUGGAUGUGGUAGAAGGUGUUUGCCCACAAACCAGGCUGGUACUGAAACAAGCAUACUCAGAGAACAUCAGAGCAGUGUUAGUCUUGAACAAAAUUGACAGGCUCAUCCUAGAGAUGCAACUAACACCAUUGGAUGCGUAUGUGCACUUGAUGCAGGUAUUAGAACAAGUUAACGCGGUUAUGGGAGAACUGUUCACUACUGAGGUGUUUGAGAAUGAGGAGUCUACUAUGGAGAAAGAGCAACAAAAAGAAAAAGUAGAGAAAAAAGAAGACAAUAACUUCUAUGAUUGGACCUCCGCUCUGGAUGAUGCUGAUGACUCCAAUCUUUAUUUUGCUCCUGAACACGGCAAUGUGGUAUUCGCUAGUGCCGCUGAUGGCUGGGGUUUUACUAUACAUACUUUUGCUAAAUUAUUCUCUGAGAAACUUGGUGUUAAAGAAGAAAUCUUAAGAAAAGUGUUAUGGGGAGAUUUCUAUUUGAAUACCAAAACAAAACGCUUCAUGAAGGGAGCUCAAGAAAAAGCUAAAAACCUCUUUUUGUCCAAGUCAUAUUAG